UCCGGAAGUGACCUCAGAGCCCCUCAAAAACAUGGCCGCCAAGCGUUCUUCCGGAAACGGUCAUAAGCAUCUCCGUGACGCAGAACGAGUUAGAGUGUCCCGUGGGGUUUCCAUGGUAUUUCUCUCCAGCCCUCAAUCUCCCCGCUUCCUCUCCAGUCUGAGCACCAGGAACGGGAAGACGGGCGGCGGGUCCCACCCGCGACGUAGACACCGCUUGGGGGAGGGGUUAGGCGAGGUGACACUCUAGGCGAGCUCGUUCGCAUCUCUAUGGUGUAGAGAGCGCCUGUGCGACGCUCCCGCGCGUCGGGGCGGGCGUUGCCCAUUUAAUCGGCGGAGGGCGGUGCCGAGGAAGUCCCGCGAGAGCUGCGGGGGGCGGGGGGCGGUGCCGAGGCUGGGGGCCCGAGGCGGAUGGAGCCUGCGAUGGAGCCGGAGACUCUGGAGGCGCGAAUCAACAGAGCCACAAACCCCCUAAACAAGGAGCUAAACUGGGCCAGCAUCAACGGCUUCUGUGAGCAGCUCAACGAGGACUUUGAGGGGCCUCCACUUGCCACCCGACUGCUGGCCCACAAGAUCCAGUCCCCACAGGAGUGGGAGGCGAUCCAGGCCCUGACGGUGCUGGAGACAUGCAUGAAGAGCUGCGGCAAGAGGUUCCACGACGAAGUGGGCAAGUUUCGUUUUCUCAACGAGCUCAUCAAGGUCGUGUCUCCCAAGUACCUAGGCUCUCGGACAUCAGAGAAGGUAAAGAACAAAAUCUUGGAGCUCCUCUACAGCUGGACGGUUGGCCUGCCUGAGGAGGUGAAGAUCGCAGAGGCCUACCAGAUGCUAAAGAAACAAGGGAUUGUGAAGUCUGACCCCAAGCUUCCAGAUGACGCCACCUUUCCCCUUCCUCCUCCACGGCCUAAGAAUGUGAUCUUUGAAGAUGAGGAGAAAUCCAAGAUGCUGGCCCGCCUACUCAAGAGCUCCCACCCAGAGGACCUCCGUGCGGCCAAUAAGCUCAUCAAAGAGAUGGUGCAGGAGGACCAGAAGCGGAUGGAGAAGAUCUCUAAGCGGGUAAAUGCCAUCGAGGAGGUGAACAACAAUGUGAAAUUGCUGACGGAGAUGGUGAUGGGCCACAGCCAGGGGGGUGCGGCCUCGGGCAGCAGCGAGGACCUCAUGAAGGAACUGUACCAGCGCUGUGAGCGGAUGCGGCCCACACUUUUCCGAUUGGCCAGUGACACAGAGGACAAUGAUGAGGCCUUAGCGGAGAUCCUGCAGGCCAAUGACAACCUCACCCAGGUGAUCAACCUGUACAAGCAGCUGGUGCGGGGCGAGGAAGUCAAUGGUGAUGCCGCAGCUGGUUCCAUCCCUGGAAGCACCUCAGCCCUGCUGGACCUUUCAGGCCUGGAUCUGCCUCCUGCUGGCACCACCUACCCAGCCAUGGCCUCCCACCCUGGCGAGCAGGCGAGCCCCGAGCAACCCAGUGCCUCAGUUUCCCUACUUGACGACGAGCUCAUGUCUCUGGGCCUCAGUGACCCCGCACCCUCCUCAGGCCAGAAUUUGGAUGGUACUGGAUGGAACAGCUUCCAGUCAUCGAGUACUGCAGAGCUCCCAGCCCCUGCUCCAGCCCAGGCCCCCAGCAUGGACAGCCGGCCCCCAGCACAGACAUCCCUGCCAGCCAGCAGUGGUCUGGAUGACCUGGACCUCUUGGGGAAGACACUCCUGCAGCAGUCACUGCCCCCGGAGUCCCAGCAAGUGCGGUGGGAGAAGCAGCAGCCAGCCCCCCGGCUCACACUCCGGGACCUACAGAAUAAGAGCAGCAGCUGCAGCUCCCCGAGCUCCAGUGCCACCAGCCUCCUCCACACCGUGUCCCCAGAACCCCCUGGGCCUCCACAGCAACCUGCACCAACAGAACUCUCUCUGGCCAACAUCACCGUGCCCCUGGAGUCCAUCAAGCCCAGCAGCAUCUUGCCUGUGACCGUGUAUGACCAGCAUGGCUUCCGAGUCCUCUUCCACUUUGCCCGUGACCCGCUGCCGGGGCGCUCCGACGUGCUGGUGGUGGUUGUUUCCAUGCUGAGCACUGCCCCCCAGCCCAUCCGCAACAUCGUUUUCCAGUCAGCUGUCCCCAAGGUCAUGAAAGUGAAGCUACAGCCACCCUCGGGCACGGAGCUGCCAGCAUUUAACCCUAUUGUCCACCCCUCAGCUAUCACCCAGGUCUUGCUUCUUGCCAAUCCCCACAAGGAGAAGGUUCGCCUCCGCUACAAGCUCAUCUUCACCAUGGGCGACCAGAUCUACAAUGAGAUGGGGGAUGUGGACCAGUUCCCCCCACCUGAAACCUGGGGGAGCCUCUAGAGCAGAAGGGCUGGGGAGAGGAGGGAGAAGGGGGACUAGUCACAAUCCAGCCUGGGCCAGAGGCUAUGGUGGCCAAGGAUAUCCUUUGCUCUCCAUGGCCAUUUACCCCAGACCUGGUGCUUCUCCCCUCACCCCCAUGGUCCUCCUGCAAACCCAGUAGGAGGCUGGACCUGGAUUUGCACUACUUGGGUUUCCAUCAUCAGCAGGAGCCCAGAGUGUCCAGGGGCCCUGAAAGAACUUGGGGUCGUGGGGAAGAAGUGUGGCUGUCAGGGAAGGGCCAGAAUCUCAGGCCUGGCCCCGACCCCAGCCUGGGGUGGGGUCUUCCCCGCCUGUCUUUUAUGCCUUAUGGGAAGGCCCAGCCAUAACUCGGGGGCCAUGCUGGAGCUGGGGACCAGCUCAGGCCUCCUCUAUUGGAACCCCAUGACUGGGGAGGUGAUAACUGUACCCCCAACUGUUUGCACUCUCUGGUGUGUGAUUUGACUCUGCUUUUCUUCUGGAGUGACCCUGUGGUCACAGUCUUGGGGAGGCAAGCUGGGGGAGCCCCACCUGGCCCCACUCCUAGGGAAGGUCACCACUUAGCACUGGGGGCCUGACGGUGAUGCCAGAGGUGAGGGGCCCCAGUGGGGGCCCUGUAGGGCUCCUAGAGUUCUCAGUCUGUCUCCUUCAUUCAUUGGCCUUCUCUGAGGCCUCCUGUGAGCAUCUCACGUCUAUCUAUCCAUCUGUCCUUGGUCAGAAGUGGAGUCAGUGUGUGAGUAGAGAGCAGGACUAUUUAUGAAAAUAAAACAUCCUUUUUCCUGGA